AUGCUUCGCUCCUCCAUCAUUACCGCUGUUGCUGCCUUUGGCGCAUCAGCUCUGGCUCAAGGCAACCUGCUCUCCCAGAUCCCCCAAUGUGCUCAAACUUGCUUCGGCAACAACGUUGGCUCAUGUGGGCCCCUUGACAUUGCCUGCAUUUGCGGUAACUCGGCUGUCAUCAACACCGUCUCUUGCUGUGUCUUUGCCACUUGCCCCGAGUCGGACAUCCAGAGCACCAUCGGCUUCGCUACCAACCUCUGCAACCUCCAGAACGUCCAGGUUGACACCACACCCGACUGCCCAGCCAACAACAACGGCACAGCUACUGGGCCAGGCAACUCCACCUCUACAUUGCCUGGAAGCAACACCAACGGCUCCAGCCCAUCGCCCAGCCCUGGUCAAUCGAGUAGCGCCGCCGCACCUCUCCAACAGGCAAGUGUUGGCCUUGGUCUCGGAGCCAUCGUGGCCCUUUUGUUCGCCUACCUGUGA